UAUUAAUUGUCUCUAUUUAUCCUCCCUCCCCCUCCUUCCUAAAUAAUAAUUCUUUAAUUUUUCUAAAACCACAGAUCUCUUCCUUCUUCCUUUUUAAAUGUUUAUUCCUCCCCUUCUUCGGCCUUCCAUAACCAUCCUUUUAUUAACAAUAUUUAUUACAACUUUUACUUCUGCAAAAGAUCAGACUCGUGUAAAGCGGCAAGGAGGGGCAACAGUCCUUACAAAGGCUUGGAAUGAAGCACUUCCCGGGGUACCCCCAUUUUGGGAUAAAUAUAGCUCUGGACCAUAUGGUAUUGUCAUUCGUGGAUGGCAAUUUAGUAGAUGUGCUAGUGAACAAUGGACAAAUUAUGUAGUUAAUGUCUCUAAUAUUGUUAUUUGGCCUGAUUAUCCACGCUUUCCCGGUCCGAUAUUUUUUAAUGUAACGAUGGACGUUAAUGAAGAUUUGCCUAUUGAUAAAAUUGAAAUGGAUUUGGAGGUCAGACAUGCAGUUAAUGGAAAAUUAAAUGCUAGAGGCUGGCAAGUAAUUCCUUGUCAAGGAUGGAAUCUUUUAGAUGGUUGUGAUGGUGUAGGUUCUUGUCGUUAUUGUGAUAUGUUAGAUAAAUGUAAAGAAACUGUUAAAAGUGCCCAUAAAUAUGUUAAUGCUGAGGAUUUUCUUCGUCAAAAUAAAUUAUGCCCUCCACCAAAAGGACAUUGGACAAUGACUUUUAGUAAAAUAUUUACUAUAGAGGAUUUACCUAAAAGUUUUUUUGGUCCUCUUCAAUCGAAUGAAUAUUGGUUAACAUUUAAUUUCACUGACGGAAAAGACAAAAAAUUGGGUUGUGCACGUUUGUGGGUAGAUGCAUGUAAAUAUCAUUUACAAGACAAACAACAAAAAUGUUUAAAAGAUCCAAAUGCUUUUAAAGAAUUUAUUAAAGAAUUCAGCAGUCAGGCAGAACAAAUUCGGCAAAGAACAUCAACAAAUAAAUAAAUUAAGAAAGAAAAUAAGGUGUUUUACGCGGGUCGGAUUUUUAAUAAUUUAUAUAUGUAGUAGAGGAUGGUUAAAAGAAUAUGUA